CCUGAGUGGCCGCCGCGAUGCUCCCCUGCACCGUGAACUUCAAGGUGUCGGCGCGGACGCUCACCGGGGCGCUGCACGCGCACAACCGGACGGCGGUGGACUGGGGCUGGCAAGGUUUGAUUGCAUAUGGAUGCCAUUCGCUUGUGGUAGUGGUUGAUUCCAAUACUGCCCAGACGCUGCAAGUUUUAGAAAAACAUAAAGCUGAUGUCGUCAAGGUGAAAUGGGCCCGGGAAAACUAUCACCAUAACCUCGGCUCACCAUACGCCUUGCGCUUAGCUUCUGCUGAUGUCAGUGGAAAGAUCAUCGUGUGGGAUGUUGUCACGGGUCUGGCUCAGUGUGAGAUCCAGGAGCAUGUCAAGCCCAUUCAAGACCUACAAUGGUUGUGGAAUCAAGAUGCGUCCCGAGACUUGCUGCUUGCCAUCCACCCACCCAACUACAUCGUGCUCUGGAACGCAGAUACUGGCACCAAGCUCUGGAAGAAGAGCUAUGCGGACAACAUCCUGUCCUUCUCCUUCGAUCCUUUCGACCCUUCACAUUUAACUCUCCUCACCAGCGAGGGCAUCGUGUUCAUCUCGGAUUUCUCCCCAUCCAAGCCUCCUGCUGGCCCUGGGAAGAAAGUUUAUAUUUCCAGCCCACAUUCGAGUCCCGCACACAACAAGCCGGCAGCAGCCACAGGGGCCAAGAAGGCACUGAAUAAAGUCAAGAUCUUAAUCACGCAAGAGAAACCGAGUGCUGAGUUCAUGACACUCAAUGAUUGCCUUCAGCUGGCCUAUCUGCCUUCCAAAAGGAAUCACAUGCUCCUGCUCUAUCCUCGGGAAAUUUUGAUCCUUGACCUUGAGGUCAAUCAGACAGUGGGUGUGAUCGCAAUAGAACGAACUGGAAUUCCCUUUCUGCAGGUAAUACCCUGCUUCCAACGUGAUGGUAUAUUUUGCCUACAUGAAAAUGGCUGUAUAACCUUACGUGUUCGAAGAUCUUAUAGUAAUAUUUUCACCUCUUCAAAUGAGGAACCAGACCCAGACCCUGUCCAGGAGCUGACCUAUGACCUCCGAAGUCAGUGUGAUGCCAUCAGGGUGACCAAAACUGUGCGGCCCUUCAGCGCCGUGUGCUGCCCUGUCAACGAGAAUGCGGCUGCACUCCUGGUGAGCGACGGUAGAGUCAUGAUCUGGGAGCUCAAGUCUACUGCGUGGGACCGAAGUGCCCGCAGCUGUACCUCUGGCAUGUCCCCUCUCUACUCUCCAGUGUCCUUCUGUGGGAUCCCUGGGGGCACGCUCCAGAGCAGGCUCCCUGACCUCUCCCUGGACAACAUGAUCGGGCAGAGUGCAGUUGCGGGGGACGAGCACCCCAAAAGCCCUGUCCUACAGGAGGUUCAGCUCAAGUUCCUGCUCACUGGGUUGCUCUCAGGAUUGCCACCGCCACAGUUUGCCAUCCGGAUGUGCCCACCACUGACCACCAAAAACAUCAAGAUGUACCAGCCGCUGCUCGCUGUGGGCACAAGUAAUGGCUCAGUGCUGGUAUACCACCUCAUUAGCGGCCUGCUGCAUAAGGAGCUCAGUGUGCACUCGUGCGAGGUCAGAGGCAUUGAAUGGACGAGCUUGACUGGGUUUCUAUCCUUUGCAACAUCAACGCCCAACAACAUGGGAUUAGUGAGAAAUGAGCUUCAGCUGGUUGACCUUCCAACAGGUCGGAGUGUUGCUUUCCGGGGUGAACGAGGCAGCGACGAGUCACCCAUCGAAAUGAUCAAAGUGUCUCAUUUAAAGCAAUAUUUGGCCAUUGUAUUCAAAGAUAAACCCCUGGAGUUAUGGGAUGUUAGAACGUGUACCAUUCUUCGAGAAAUGUCCAAAAACUUCCCUGCCAUAACUGCUUUGGAAUGGUCGCCUUCACACAAUCUGAAGAGCCUGAAAAAGAAGCAGCUGGCUACACGCGAGGCCAUGGCCCGCCAGACUGUGGUCUCGGACACAGAGCAGAGUGCGGUGGAGUCAUCCGUGAUCAGUUUGUUACAGGAGGCGGAAAGUAAGUCGGAGCUGAGCCAGAACAUCUCUGCCCGGGAGCACUUCGUGUUCACUGACAAUGAUGGCCAAGUGUAUCACCUGACAGUAGAGGGGAAUUCGGUCAGAGACAGUGCCCGAAUACCGCCUGACGGCAGCAUGGGCAGCAUCUCCUGUAUCGCCUGGAAGGGAGACACUUUGGUUCUUGGUGACAUGGACGGGAACUUAAACUUCUGGGACCUGAAAGGCAGAAUCUCCAGGGGGAUUCCAACUCAGCGGAGCUGGGUGAGGAAGAUUCGUUUUGCCCCCGGCAAAGGCAACCAGAAAUUAAUAGCAAUGUACAGCGAUGGCGCAGAAGUGUGGGACACCAAGGAGGUGCAAAUGGUGAGUAGUUUGAGGAGUGGCCGCAACAUCACCUUCCGGAUCCUUGAUGUGGACUGGUGCACCUCAGACAAGGUCAUCUUGGCCACUGACGAUGGCUGCAUCCGCGUGCUAGACAUGUCCAUGAAGAGCACCUGUUUCCGCAUGGAUGAGCAGCAGCUCAUGGAACCUUUGUGGUGCCCCUACCUCCUGGUGCCCAGGGCCGCACUGGCGUUGAAAGCCUUCCUGCUGCACCAGCCAUGGGCUGGGCAACAUACUCUGGACAUCGCACAGAUUGAUUAUCCAGAAAAUGAAGAAAUCAAAACCAUCGUUCAAGAACAGCUGAAUUCUUUGUCCAAUGAUAUCAAGAAGCUCUUGCUGGAUCCAGAAUUCACGCUUCUACAGAGGUGCUUGCUGGUGUCGAGGCUAUAUGGUGAUGAGUCAGAGCUGCACUUCUGGACGGUGGCUUCCCACUACCUGCACAGCCUGUCACAGGAGAAGGCACCCACAGAAUUGGGCCAAACCAACGACCCCCUGGACAUCUGCUAUGACAUCCUCUGUGAAAACACCUAUUUUCAGAAAUUUCAGUUGGAAAGAGUUAACCUCCAGGAAGCAAAACGGUCAACGUAUGAUCAUACGAGAAAAUGUACAGAUCAGCUGCUCCUUCUUGGCCAGACCGACCGAGCAGUGCAGUUGCUGCUGGAGACCAGCGCUGAGAACCCGCACUAUUACUGCGACUCCCUAAAGGCCUGUCUGGUCACCACCGUCACCUCGUCUGGCCCCUCCCAGAGCACCAUCAAGCUUGUGGCCACAAACAUGAUCGCCAGUGGCAAGCUGGCAGAGGGGGUGCAGCUGCUCUGCCUCAUCAACAAGGCAGCAGAUGCCUGCCGCUACCUGCAAACCUAUGGUGAAUGGAACCGUGCCGCCUGGCUGGCCAAGGUUCGGCUCAGCCCUGAGGAGUGUGCCGACGUCCUGAAGCGCUGGGUCGACCACCUCUGCUCACCUCAGGUCAACCAGAAGUCCAAGGCUGUGCUGGUCCUGCUGUCCCUUGGCUGCUUCUCCAGCGUGGCUGAGACGCUUCACAGCAUGAGGUACUUUGACCGGGCGGCCCUGUUCGUGGAAGCCUGUCUCCAGUAUGGUGCCCUCCCGCCCAGCGAUGAGACCCAGAAACUCGUUUCUGCCAUCUAUGCAGAUUAUGCCCGGAGCCUGAAGAACCUAGGCUUCCGGCAGGGGGCUCUGCUCUUCGCGUCCAAAGCAGGGCCAGCGGGCAGGGACUUGGUGACCGAGCUGGAAGCCCUCAAGCAGGAGAAAGAAUGACAUUGUGGAAGUUGGGGAUGGGGGUGGUCACUAUGGUGCCAGUGACACGGUCCCUGUGGGUGCUCCCAGGUGAGGUCUGCAGUGGUCCAUGGGCUCCGUGAAUGAGGCCGCUGCAGGGAGCCUGGGAGACCCUUGGGCACUUGUGUCUUCUGACUCUUCAAUGACAGCAACUUGGCUGCUUUUCCUGUGGACCAAAGGGAUGGAGGCUUCUCUGCUACAGUGACUGACUCAGCAGAUCCUUUCUUCGGAGGUGGGAGUGGAGCUGCCUUGGUUCCAUGGCGCAGGGCGGCCUCCUUCCUUUUUGAAGUCUCUCUGUCUCUCUAUUUUUGCAUCUUUAUGUUCCUACAGAGGUUGCCUCCCUUUUUGAAGUCUGUCUCUGUCUCUCAAUGUUUGUGUCUUUAUGUUCCUCCAGUGCCUGACGUCAGAGAUGUGCACCCCACCUCCACCCCCCAUCAAGGCUCAGGCCAGGAUUAAUAUCCACCACUCACAGAGGCAUUUGGGGAAUAAAAAUCAGAAAGUUCCACCA